AUGAUGAACAGCCUCUGCUGCUCUCACAGCUUUAUCCAGACCAAAUUAAAGACAGAGAGCUUCCAGAAGAGAAUAAUGGAGAAGAAUCCAACAGGAUACAUGGAGAUGCUUCCAUUUCUUUAAAGAAUGAAGACGCUGAGAAGAAUCAAGAGGACAAUGAUGUAGAGAACCCUCUCUCUGAGCUUAAACACAUGUCCGACUCUGGAUAUAAGAAAUGUUCUACAGAGAAAAAAACAGUGGAGUCACAAAGGAAAGUCCAGACAGGAAUGAAGCUUAGCUGUGAAGACUGUGGCAAAACAUUUAGUGGGAAAUGCGCUUUAAACGCACACAUGAGUAUCCACACAGGAGAGAAGCCUUUCUGUUGUGAUCUGUGUGGACAAAGAUUUGGACAAAAAUCACAUUUAAACACACACAUGAGAAUCCAUACAGGAGAGAAGCCUUUCUGUUGUGAUCUAUGUGGACAAAGAUUUAGCCUAAAAUCUAAUUUAAACACACACAUGAUAAUCCAUACAGGAGAGAAGCCUUUCUGUUGUGAUCUCUGUGGACAAAGAUUUAGCCUAAAAUCAAUUUUAAACACACAUAUGAGAAUCCACACAGGAGAGAAGCCUUUCUGUUGUGAUCUGUGUGGACAAAGAUUUAGCGAAAAAGGUUCUUUAACCAAACACAUGAGAAUCCAUACAGGACAGAAGCCUUUCUGUUGUGAUCUAUGUGGAAAAAGAUUUUGCCACAAAUCACAUUUAAACACACACAUGAGAAUCCAUACAGGACAGAAGCCUUUUUGUUGUGAUCUAUGUGGACAAAGAUUUAGCCACAAAUUUAGUUUAAACGCACAUAUGAGAAUCCAUACAGGACAGAACCCUUUCUGUUGUGAUCUAUGUGGAAAAGGAUUUAGCCAAAAAUCAAGUUUAAACACACACAUGAGAAUCCAUACAGGACAGAAGCCUUUCUGUUGUGAUCUAUGUGGAAAAACAUUUAGCGAAAGAGGAACUCUAAACAGACACAUUAGAAUCCAUACAGGACAGAAGCCUUUCUGUUGUGACCUAUGUGGACAAAGAUUUUGCCACAAAUUUAGUUUAAACGCACAUAUGAGAAUCCAUACAGGACAGAACCCUUUCUGUUGUGAGCUAUGUGGAAAAGGAUUUAGCCAAAAAUCAAGUUUAAACAGACACAUGAGAAUCCAUACUGAAGUUAAAAUGGCUCUGCUAUGAAUAUUAAUACAAAGUGCACAGAUGAUGAUGCCGUGUGUAUGGAAGCUUCUGAAAGGUUUGUUGACAAAAUUAUAUAUCAUUUUAGACAUCUGUUGAUGUUUUAAAGGCACACCUUAAGCCCUCUGGCGCCAUCUGAAAAUGCCUAAUUAUAGCUCUUACCUCCUGUUCCAUGACCUUUCAUAGGGUCCUCAGUAAGAAAACUAUUGUGGGAAGAGAAGGCGCUUUGGACCGCUGUACCAAUUUCGGGCAGCCUUUACUUCAUGUCUAAGAGAGGGAGAGAAGGUGCUCCUCGCUUUCCGCUUGCUGACACAAGCAGCUCCAUGCAGCUUUCAGAAACAGACUAACUCUCAGUGAGGAGCCGACUCCCAGCGUUCAAUUCAAUUCAGUUUUAUUUAUAUAGCGGCAAUUCAUGAAACAUGUCAUCUCAAGGCUCUUUACA